AUGGGCCAGAACGCACCCAAUGGUGCAACCUAUGAAGGUCAAGGUAACCAAGCCCCAGGGAAGGACGUGACUUGCUUUAAGUGCAGAAAAGUGGGUCACUAUGCUAAUGUUUGCAAGGAAGACUCUAGAGUGUGCUUUAACUGCAAUAAGCUAGGACACGUGGCAAGGGAUUACAAGGCACCAAAGGUCGAAGCGGGAGCAACCUUGAAUGCUGCAGGAGGAAGGCGUCCGAUAACAGCAGGACAAGUGUACACCUUGAACGCUGACGAAGUUGAGAACACCAAGGAGCUAGCUCGGGAAUAUGCUAGUUUUGUUCGUGACCUUGUCACCGCUUUGCUUUGA